GCGGCGGCAGUGCGGGCAGCAGGUGCUGCGUCUGCGUGCGGCGGCCGCUUUGCUGUGGUGCCCACGUCCUCCGGGGGUCUCUCUCUCUCUCUCUCUGUGUCUGUCGCGCACAGGCCGCCCUUCUUCUUCUUCUAUUUCUCCUCCUCCUCGCUUUCCGCUUUUUCUCCUCUCAUGCGGACGCUCGCCGGCUGCCUGCCGCCCUCGUCCCCGCGCCCUCACGCACCUGCCCGCCUCAUGCACGAGCUCCUGGCUGGCGCUGCUCUCGGAUCGCCUGCCGCACAUGUUGAGCUUCGGCGGGAAGACUUCGACUUGACAGGACGCGACGGGAAGCCGGGAAGGAGCCGCAGCCGCAGCCGCGGGCUUGCCGCGCAGACAGCAUGGAGCACAGCCACAUCUUCAGCAACAGCUCGGCGCUGCCCUCCAGCCUGCGGGGCUGCUCGCUGGGUCCGGUGCCGGUCAUCUACUACAGCGUCCUGCUGUGCCUUGGGCUGCCGGCCAACAUCCUGACGGUGAUCAUCCUGUCCCAGCUGGUGGCCCGCCGGCAGAAGUCCUCCUACAACUACCUGCUGGCGCUGGCGGCCGCUGACAUCCUGGUGCUCCUCCUCAUCGUCUUCGUGGACUUCCUGCUCGAGGACUUCGUGCUGAGUCGCCCGCUGCCGCCAGCCCUGGACAAGGCCGUGGAGCUGCUGGAGUUCGCCGCCAUCCACACGUCCAUCUGGAUCACCGUGCCCCUGACGGUGGACCGCUACAUCGCCGUGUGCCACCCGCUCCGCUACCACAGCGUGUCGUACCCGGCGCGCACCCGCCGUGUCAUCGUCACCGUCUACCUGACGUGCCUGCUGACCAGCGCCCCCUACUACUGGUGGCCGGACCUGUGGCGCCAGGACCACCGCAGCGCCGUGGCACAGCAGCUCCUGGUGUGGGCACACUGCUUCACCGUCUACCUGGUGCCCUGCUCCAUCUUCUUCGUCCUCAACUCCAUCAUCGUGCACAAGCUGCGCCGGCGCCGCCAUCGCUUCCGCCUGCGGGGCUACUCCACCGGCAAGACCACCGCCAUCCUGCUGGCCAUCACCAGCGUCUUCGCCAUCCUCUGGGCGCCCCGCGUGGCCGUGGUCCUCUACCACCUGUACGCCUCGCCCAUCCCCAACGCCCCCCUGGCGCACCUGCUGGCGGACGUGGCCAACAUGCUGGCGCUGCUCAACACGGCCGUCAACUUCUUCCUCUACUGCUUCAUCAGCCGGCGCUUCCGCGGGGUGGCGGCCGCCAUGAUCAAGGCCUUCUUCCGCUGCCAGAGGCGGCACCCCCUCGCCAACCACCACAACCUGUCCGUCAGCAGCAGCCCCUGGAUCUCGCCGGCCAACUCGCACUGCAUCAGGAUGCUGGCCUACCCCGGUGACAAGGACGGCAAGCCGCUGCACAUCUCGGCCUGAGGGGGGCGGUGGGCGCAGGGGGAGACCACCCAGCUAAGGUCAAAGGCAAAUAAAGGCGGAUGGGCUCUGGUGUGCGCCUCCCUGAUUAUUGGCCGACUCCAGGGCAACGAGAAACGAGAGGGGCAGGGGCCCCAGCCGGGAGGGGGGCACCAUGCUCCUGUGUGCCAACUUGAUGCCCAGCCCCUUCUCCCUAAAAAGGCAAACCACAAACGACAGCCGGGUGUCCAGUGAAGUGGGGGGGGUAGGGGGGGCACAGCUCCACUUGCGCUUUCCGUCCCCGUAACACGUGUGGCCUAUGAAGCCCCCGCGCCUCCUUCUUGACCCACCCAACCACCGGCCCAGCCAUCAGGCCAACGCACCUUCACCCAGGGGGCCACUCUAAAGGUGCCCUUGACUUUGGGGGGGCUCAGGCUAACAGGCCAGCCACUCGCGGGUGUAAAAAUCCUUGAGUGAUGCCCACCCUGGCAGCAUGCAGUUGAGGGCAGAAGCCCACGCCAGCCAGUGGUCCAUCCUUGGGACUGGAGAGGAAAACUGAAGCAAUGCCACAAUGGCCUGGCAAAGACCUGCAGGUCCAUGAUGGUAGCAGCCCUCAAACCUAACCCGCGUACCACCGUGGUGGUACUUAAGUGGCAAGGGCUGGACCUAAGCCUGGAAAAGUGCUAAUUGAUGCCACCUCAAAUAGGCAUCAAAGCACACCACCAUGGCGCUACAAAGACUGCCAAGAGGACAGCUGGCAGACAGAUGCCCAUCUCG